AUGGGCCUGGAGAUUCUUGGUGAAUACACCCAUAUACAUAAACCAUGCUCGGCGUCAAAGGAUCAAUGUGGACUAACGUUUGGUGUUCAAGCAAUUUAUCCAACGGAAUCAAAUCCACAAUCAUUGGCAGCAAUCAGUGUCAAUCAUGACGAGUAUACUGACAUUGUUGUAGCAAAUUCAGGUUCGAACAGCAUCAGCAUUUUUCUCAAUUUGGGCAACAGUUCGUUUGUCAAAUAUGCAACGUAUCCAGUUGGUUCUAAUCCAGUUUCUGUAACAGCUGCAGACGUCAACAAUGACAAUAAAUCGGAUAUUAUUGUAGCGAGCAACGGUGCUGUUACCAUCGGUGUACUUCUCAGCCAAGGUAACAGUACAUUUGCUGCUCAGAUCAGCUAUUCAACUGUUCAUCCGCCGAACUCUGUGGUGACUUCUGACAUUAAUGUUGACGGCGCCCUUGACAUUAUUAUUAUACACUACAGUCAAAACAGUAUGGGGGUUCUCCUCAAUAGAGGUAAUGGUACAUUUGCUGCUGAGCAAACAUAUUCAACUGGUCCUGCUCCAUUGUAUGCAGCAGCAGCUGACGUCAAUAAUGACGGGAAGCCCGAUGUCAUUGUUCCAAACUCUGGUACAUCAAACAUUGGAGUGUUUUUGAAUGUAGGGAACGGUACAUUUGGUAGUCAGACAGUCUAUUAUACCGGCUACUAUCCAAAAUUCAUUGCAACAGCUGAUGUCAAUAGUGAUGGUAAAAUCGAUGUUAUCGUGCCAAGGACGAGUGUAAAUGGUGUCAGCGUUUUACUUAACGCCGGUGGUGGGUCAUUCCCUACUGCGAUAACUUAUCCAACUGGUGUGUAUCCUUUUUUUGCGGCGACAACCGAUUUUAAUCAUGACGGCAAACCUGAUAUUGUUGUGGCAAACACUAAUUCGUACAGUGUUAGUGUUCUUUUGAACAUGGGCAAUGGGUCAUUUAAUACUCAAACCACAUAUCCAACUGUUUCUAACUCACGUCAUCUAGUAGUUUUUGAUAUCAAUAAUGAUAACGAAACUGAUAUGGUUGUAACAAAUCUCAAUACGAAUAACAUUGUUGUUCUUCUGAACGCUGGUAAUAAUGCAUUAACUGUUCCAUCAACUUAUUCCACUGCAUCUAGUCCAGUAUCUGUAACAGCAGCUGAUAUUAAUAAUGAUAAUCAAACUGACGUUAUUGUAGCAAAUAGAGACACGAACAAUAUCGGUGUUUUUCUUAACAAAGAUAACGGUACAUUUUCUGUUCAAAAGACUUACGCAACUGACACUAGUCCCAAAUCUGUGACGGCAAGCGAUGUUAAUGACGAUAAGGAACUCGAUAUUAUUGUAGCUAAUUCUGGUUCGAACAGCAUCAGCAUUUUUCUCAAUUUGGGCAAUGGCUCAUUUAACAGUAAAAGAACGUAUUCAGUUGGUUCUAAUCCAGUUUCUGUAACAGCUGCAGACGUCAACAAUGACAGUAAAUCGGAUCUUAUUGUAGCAAACAACGGUGCAAAUAGCAUCAGUAUUCUUUUGAAUGAAGGAAACGGUACAUUUGCUAGUCAAACGACUUAUGCAACAGAUUCACAGCCGAAUUCCGUCACAGCGGGUGAUAUUAACGGUGAUGGCAAAAUUGAUAUUAUUGUUACAAACGAAAAUGCAAGCAAUGUAGGUGUUUUUUUAAACAAGGGUAACGGCACAUUUGCUAAUCAAACGGCUUAUACAGUUGGUUCUCAACCGAUGUCUGUCGUAGUGACUGACGUUAAUAGUGAUGGCACACUCGACAUAGUUGUUGGAAAUUUUGGUUCCAAUACCAUCAGUGUUCUUGUCAAUACAGGCAACGGUACCUUCAGUACUCAAACGACAUACUCAACUGGUUUCGGACCAUUGUCUUUAACAGCAGCUGAUAUGAACUAUGAUAACAGAAUCGAUGUUAUUUUGGUGAACAGCCUUGCCAAUAGUAUCAGUGUUCUGUACAACUUAGGUAACGGUACGUUUCUUAGCGAAGUAGUGUAUUCAACAUGCUCUUGGCCCUCGUCUUUGGCAAUAGCCGAUGUUACCGGUGAUGGCAGGCCAGAGAUUAUUACUACACAUCAAGGCGUCAACAGCAUUGGUGUCUUUCCAUCACUACCGCAGAUUACAGCGCCAACGUCUAAUACACAGUCGACUGAUGCAACAGUGACAAGUACUGCGCACGCGAUUAGUUCAACAAUGGUGACAACUUUAGAAACGUCAAGUAAUAAUCAAGGAUGUUCUUCUCCAACCGUAACAGUUAUUCCAGAGACAUCAACAUUAUUGUCACCAAUACAAUAUUACCGAAGUGAAGAUUUUUCUAUCACAUCAAUAAUUAAAUUCAAUUGUAAUCAAUCAUUAUCAACUAAAACUCAAUGGAAAAUAAAAAUUUGUUAUUCCGCAUGUUCAUAUGAAAUUCAAUUAGAUCCAGCUGUAAAGACAACAUUUAGUGAGUUAUAUAUACCUAAACGAACUCUUCCCUAUGGAUUAUAUGAGUUAAAUUUAACUGUAACAAUGAUGAAUAUUUCCCGUUUAUUACGCACAUCAUCAGUUGUUUAUAUUCAAAUAAUUUCAUCAGAUAUUAUAGUAAAUUUAAUAAAAUAUGGAACAUUAAUGAUUACACAAGGAUUUGAAGAAGAUCUUCAAUUGAAUCCAGGAAAAUAUUCUAUUGAUCCAGAUGAAGAGACAUUUAAUAAUUCUAAUUGGAAAUAUAAAUAUUAUUGUCGAAUCUAUGGCUUAUAUGAAUAUCCACAAUUAAAUAAUUCCUUAUUAACAAUUGAUGACGUGAGAAAUGAUCCAUUGAAUCCUUCAUGUUUAUCAAAUCGAACAGGAUGGAGAUUUGAUAAUAAAUUGAAUUCAUCCUUUACAAUACUUUCUGAUUCUCUUCAACCUAAUCGAACAUAUCAAUUUAUGGUACAGAUGGAAAAUAUUCGAAAUUCAUCAAAUCAAGCGGUCGGUUAUGUUUUUGUCAAUGUCGUCAAUGCUGAUGCACAAAUAAUUCUUAUUGGUUGUGUCAUUUCAACACUAUGUCAACCAAAUGUUGAGUAUCAAUUUAUAAAUCCAACAACACAAAUGGCUUUAUUUUCCGAAUGUUUGCAAAAUUGUACACUGAUUGAAAAUAUCACAUGGAAUGUUUAUUAUGGUCGAAAAAAUUCAUCGUCAAAUUUCACUGAAUGGAUUUUAUUUAAUGAAACAGCAUUUUAUCAAAAUAUUUGGUUUUUUGGUACAAAUACAAGUAAUUUUACUGCAAUAAAUCAAUUAUUCUUGUCAAAUCCACAGAAUGAACUUUGGCGAUGUGAAGUUGUGUAUACAUUUCCAUCAGGUAGAAGUUCAAGUUCAUUAAAUUUUCUCAUCAAUCAACCGCCCAGCAAUGGUUCAUGUUCAAUAAAUCCUUCCAGUGGUACAACGAGUACCAUUUUUCAAAUUUCAUGCUUCGAUUGGUUCGAUAACGAUGGAAUUCAAGAUUAUACUGUUUAUAGUUUGGCAACUAAUCAACAAAUAGAAAUUUUCAUUGCUUAUUCAACAAUACCAAUAUUUGAAAUUCUAUUACCAAUGGGAAAUAACCAAACAUCAUCACUUAAUUUAAUAAUUCAUAUUCGAGAUAAAUUAGAAGGUGUUACUAAAAAAAAUAUUUCAUCCGUUUUUGUUCAAUCAGAUACAAAAGCAAUAGAUAAUUUAAUGAAUGAUAUUCAAAACUCAUCAGAAAUGAUAACCGCGAAUCCAAUAAUUCAAUUACUUGAGAGUAAAAAUCAAAAUAUUGUUGGACAAAUAUUAAUAUCACUUUCAUUACAAUUGAAUCAAAUCAAUAAUGAAUAUUUAAAUACAGCUAUUUCAAAUGGAAUACCAAAAACAAUGAUUUCAGUUUCACCAUUAAAUAGCAUAACCAAUGAACAAUUAUCAUUAUCAUUUAAUCAAUCAUCAAUGAAUAUUUUUCAAGAAAAGUUAAAUUUAAAUUCAAUUAUUCGAGAAUAUUUAAUCAAAUAUUUCACACAAAUUCCUUUAACAACAUCAAAUAGUGUUAAAUUACAAGCAUCAACAUUAGCACAAUUUACUCAAUCAACAAAUGAACUAACACGAAUAUCUUUAACAUUUUUAUCUAAUCGAUGUUAUCAAAUAGCACAAAAUUUACAUUCAAGAAGAACAAUACUUGCAUUUGAAGAUGUUCAAUUAACAGUUACGUAUCUUCUACAAUGUGCAACUAAUCUACUUACCGCAGUUAAUAGUCCAUUACAACAACGAACACCUGUUUUAAAUUUGGAUUCAUUACGUGCUACAGCAUUUCCGGAUGAUUAUGACACAAAUUUAGAUUUUCAAUGGGCUAAUCUUAAAUUAUUUGCUGAUGGAAAUGAUUUCUCAUGGGAAACAAUUGAAAAAAAUCGUGUUAUUUAUUUUCAAGAACAAUUAGCAAAUGAAAUUCAUGUUCAAAUGACUGAAGUGAUUUCAUUGAUAAGUUCGAUAAUAAAUAUUCAUUUAAAUAUUGAACAGCAAUUCAAUAUAAAUACAUCCGAAGUUUUCAUGACAUUAGAAAGUCGAACGAGUGAACAUUUUUCAGAGAAAUUUGUUCAACAAAUUGGAAAUAAUCAAAUUCAACUUCCAAAUCAUUUUCAAUCUUAUUUAAAUAAUAAUAACAAAGUUUUUAUUCGAUUUCUUCUACAACCAUUAUCAAUAUUUGGAAAUUCAAAAAUUUCAUCAAAUACUAAUCUUUCUCGAACUAUUUCAUUUUCUUUAUUUAAUAUAAAUCAAGAAGAAAUUCCAAUUCAAACAAAUCUAAAUGAAACAAUUGAAAUUUUCAUUUCUCGUGAUCCUAAUUUAAUAAUUCCAUCAAUGAUUUUACAGAAUGUAACAUCGAUGAAUUCAACAAUGCAUCGUCUUCUUUUCGAUCUUCAUUAUUUAAAUAUAACUACAUCUCUUCCAAUUUCAAUUCAUUGGCAAAUUCAACCAAUUAAUUCUUCAAUUUCUUAUUUAUUUAUUUAUAAAUUUGAUCAAAUUCCACAAUUAAAUAGUUCAAUUAAUCAAAUUGAUGGAUGGACAAUUUUUUGUCCAUCAAAUUUAACAAAUGAAGGUAUUUAUGAAUAUUUUCUUAACAAUCAACAAACAAUUGAUCAUCAAUCGAUUGUUUAUGGCAUUCGAGAAUUAAAUUCUACAGAAAUCAAUGAACGAUGUUCAAAUUUUUCAAUGAAUACACCUCCAAUAACAAAUCAACCAUUUCAUUUUACAUUUGAUUAUCAAUUAAGAAUAUUUACAUCAGGUUGUUAUUAUCUGGAUUCAAAUAAUCAAUGGCAAACAAAUGGAUUAAUUGUUGGUCCACUCACAACUUGGAAUCAAACACAGUGUUUUUCCAACCAUUUAACGACAUUUACUGGCGGUUUUUCUAUUUUGCCUUCACCAAUCAAUUGGAAUUAUGUUUUUGCGAAUGUUAAUUUUAUGAAAAAUAAAACAAUUUAUUUAACGGUGAUUUGUAUCUUAAUUAUUUAUAUGAUUUCAAUGAUUUAUGCACGCUUUUAUGAUAAGAAAGAUUUGGAAAAAUUAGAUGUGACAGUUUUAUCUAAUAAUCAUCAAGAUGAUGAAUAUUUCUAUUUUGUUAUCCAUGGUGAUGAUAAUAAUACAGAAGUUCGAAUAUUUUCUAAUCAACAUCGUCGAAUAUUUCAACGUGGUGGAAUUGAUGUAUUUCUUUUAAAUGUUCUAAAAUCUUUAGGAUUAUUAAAUUGUAUUCAUCUUUGGCAGGAUAAUUCAGGUCAAGGUUCAAAAGCAUCAUGGAUUUUGAAAUAUUUAAUUAUUCGUGAUUUACAAGCAAAUUUUAUUUGUCAAAAAUGGUUUGCUGUAGAAAAAGAUGAUGGAAAAAUUGAACGAAUUUUAUCUGUAGCAAAUGAAAUAGAAAAACGUGAAUUUUCUUAUUUAUUGUCUAAAGGAACAUAUCAUAGUAUGUCCGAUAGUCAUCUUUGCUUUUCUAUUUUGUCUCGUCCACCAUCGAAUCGAUUUACACGUGGCCAACGAUGUACAUGUUGCUUUGUUCUUUUAUUUGUUUCCAUGUUUUUAAAUAUUAUUUCUUAUGAUUUAUCAAAUCAAGUCAAAUCAAUUUAUUCAAAAACCAGUGGAAGUUUAUCAUUUGCUGCUCUUUACGUAACUCCUGAACGAAUAAUUAUCGGUUUGAUUAUGGAAAUCUUUUUAUUAAUUCUUGGUGUAUUAAUUAUCCAAUUAUUUCGAUGUCUUCGUCAUCAUCAAUCACAACAAACACCAUUAAGAAAAGCUUCAAACGAAGUCGAAUUAUCCUCACAAAUUGAAAAUGAUCAUAAUAAUGAAAAAAAACUUCAAAGAAAAUAUUCAUUAAUGUUUCCAUGGUGGUAUAUUUAUAUUGCUUAUGAUUUAUGUUUGACUCUUGUUAGUAUUUCUAUUCUAUUUAUUAUUGCACGUGGAAUUGAAUUUGGUGAUGAAGAAACUCGAAAAUGGUUAACAUCGAUUAUUAGUGCUUUCGUUUCAUCGGUUUUUCUAACGCAACCGAUCAAAGCUGUUUCAUUGGUGAUAUUUUUUAUUUGUUUUUGUUCAAAUUUGACUACUGGUAGAGAAGCAGCUGAAUUCUUAGAUGAUACUUUUACAGAUUUCGAUUAUGAUGAAGAAUAUCUUCAAAGAGAGAAGGAAAAUUCUCGGUUUAUUUCUCGAAAUUUAACUCAAAGAAAACGAUUGAAUGAACAUAAAAUUAGUUAUUUUCGUCAAGAAUGUUUAGAAGAAACUCAAAUGUGGUCAAUAAUUCGAAAAAUUUGUUUUUAUCUUUGUUUCUUUUCACUUCUCUAUAUGGUUGUUUAUGCUGAUCGAAAUCGGAAUUCUCCUUUAGAAGUUCGUCAUUUACAAAACUAUUUUCUUAAUUCGCGACAAAUUGAUUUCGAUUAUAGAAAAAUUUUAACUGUUGAUGAAUAUUGUAAUUGGUUAGAAAAUAGUUUUAUUGAAAAUCUCCUUGCUCAACAAUGGUACAAUGGUAAUCCACCUCAAAAUCUCAAUGGAUUUAUUAAUGAUAAAUCAAAUCGAAUACUUGGUUGGGUAACAAUGAGACAAUUACGUGCGAAGGAAAAUGUUUGUUUAUAUGAAAAUUUUCGAUCGAAAACAUGUACAAAUGAUAUCUCAACUGAAUAUAAUUCAUUGAUUAAACAAGCACUUCAAUAUCAAUCAAAUGAUACAUUAGAUACAUAUAUUUAUCGAGGUAAUUAUGGAAUUUAUAGAACUCGUGGUCGUCUUAUUGAUAUUCAAACGGAUUUAUCUGAACUUCAUCAAUUGAAAUGGAUUGAUCAACAUACAAGAGCAAUUUUUUAA